CCCAGAUUCCUUUCAUCCUGGUCCUCAGGCCUUGGGCUAAGAGGAAAGACAUUUAACACUUACUACAUGUCAGAAACUGCUGGAUCAUCCCACAGAACAUUGUCUUACUUAAUCCUCAUAUAAUUUCCUUGUGAAAUACUUUGUAUUACCUCCAUUCUUAAUUCCUCAAAUGCGCAAGUUUUUUCCUCCCACCUUCUCAACUUCUAUAUAUCUUAGUCCCACCUGGAAUGGUUUUAUUUCUCCUCUUUGUCUCAUAAUCCCUCCUUGUACUUUAGAGCUCAUCUCAGUUGUUAACAACUCCAAGGAAGCCUUCCUAACCCCCUAGGUCUGAUUUCCCAUUGCACAAUGUAAUCACACAGUAUCUCAAUAAGCACAAGAAAUUAUGGAUUAAUCAUGUAAUAUCGGCUGUGCAUGCAAAAGCGUAAGCUCCGUGAGGACAGGAACUGUGUCUGUGUCAUUUUCCUGUGUUAUUUGUAGUGCCAGGCAUAGUUCCUUACCCAUAGACACUCAGUACAUAAAACAUCUGAAUAUGGCAAAUAAAUGCCAUCUAUUAGAAGUUGAAUGCUGUUCUAUUAUAACUCUGAAACUUUCUUUAAGCAACACCAGACUCAGAACCUAACAGGAAGUAUUUCUAAAUGAAAUUGCCCAAGAAACUCUUCCUCAACUCUAUCUCAGUUCUAAAUUGGCUAACAAUAAAAGUUAUUCAUUAAUCUUAAGUUCUGGCUAGGGUGUGGUUCUGAGAAAAGGAACUGAAAGUUUUCAAAAAGUCUCCCCAGUUUGUGUAGGUGAGCUCUUCAGAGAAGUCCCAUGUUUCUGACAGCUAGUUUUGAAAAAAAGUGGUAGGACACGCUCCAGGACUACAUGUCCCAUUAAGGAGACUUUAGAAAGAACAGAGGUCGUUGCUUCUAGUUUACCAGCAGUUCUGACUUCCUGCUGAGCUGAAACCUGCUUGUUUUGUGGAAAAGCAAAAACUUGGCAGCAAGCAUCUAAAAUGAAGAGGCCCCGAACUUUUGAGGAGCAAACAGAAUGCAUCUUGAACACUUUACUCACAGACUUCUUAGGCACACCAACACAGGUUGCUAACCGGGACCUAUGUUGUGGAGAUGAACCAGAUUCAGGAGAGCCUUGCUCUUUUGACGUGGCCAUCAUUGCUGGUCGCCUUCGGAUGUUGGGUGACCAGUUCAAUGGAGAAUUGGAAGCUUCUGCCAAAAAUGUCAUUGAAGAAACCAGUCAUGGACGGGCAGGAGCUGCACUUCAGGACACAGUCAAAAGUCUUAGUCAGGCUUGGUGUGCUCAGGAUUCCAGCUUAGCUUAUGAGAGAGCCUUUCUGGCAGUGUCCGUGAAGCUUCUUGAAUAUGUGGCCCACAUCGCUCCCGAAAUGGCAAGACAGGUCGUUGUCUCCAUGACAAGCAUGAUCAAUGGGAACAAUGCCAUCCAAGAGUUUGUCCAGGGCCAGGGAGGUUGGGAGAACCUGGAGAGCUGACUACAAAGCGAUGGCGCUAUUUCCUAGCUUCAAUAUCACUGCCACUUUGAUCAAGGGAUUGAUUGCUGGCCAUUAAAACAGACAUCCAGGGGCAGCUGGGUGACUCAGUUGUAAAACGUCUGCCUUCAGCUCAGGUCAUGAUCCCAGGUCCCUGGGAUCAAGCCCUGCAUCAGGCUCCCUGCAUCCCUAUUCCCACUCCCCCUGCUUGUGCUAUCUUGCUGUGUCUCUCUCUGUCAAAUAAAAAUUUUUUUUACAUCUUUAAAGAACAAAACAGACAACUAAAUCCAAAGCUGCUUUCCUUUGGACACAACUGGACUUAUCUGAAUAAUUUCUUUUCCACCAAUUGCUAAAGUUGGGAGCAGCCCUUGGAGGUCUACAGAGAUUUUGUACUUUCUGUCUUUACAUGAAUUUGGAGGAGGUUCCAUUUAAGCCAAGACCUCCUGAUACAAAGUAAUGGUUUGUUAGGAGGAAAUUUCAUGGCAACAGAGUAGGCCUCUGUUGGGCAUAUUUUGGGAAAGGGAACACACAGUAAAUUAUUAGUUCAAAUUGAGCCCUAUCCUUUGGUAAGGAUCUUGUCUAUUUAUUUUGCAGUCUAAAUGACUUCAAGAGAGAUUUUUGUUGAAAUCUUGUUAUAAGUUGAGGAUUUUCUUUUAAAUUCCUAUCCUUAGUUUUGUGUUAAUUUCACCAAAGUAGAAUCAUUUUAUGCAUUUUUAGGUUGAAAGCAAAAACAAAACAAAACAAAAAACAAAAACAGUUUCUACAUCUGCCCUUCUAAGAGAAAGGCCCACAGAAGAUAAAAUAGUGCGUUUUUACUGCCACAGGAUGCAGGAAGUGCUGGCCCACAUCUAGGACAGUGGGGCCAUCCCAGCUUAGAUGAAACUAGCUGCAUACCACAGUGUUUUUCAAACCAAAAAGUGCUUUACAUAUCACUUGUGGACUUUAUGAAUUGCUGAUUUCCAGGCCCCAUCCCUAGAGAUUCUGAUUCUGUAGGGGGAGGCUGGGGCCUAGGAGCCAACCCUUUUAGCCAGUUCCACAAGGCAUUCUUAUGUCCAUAUAGGACUCGAGCACACUCACAUUAGUACAGGGGCCGGCCAAAUCCUGCCUGCUGCUUUUUGUGUCCACAGGUUUACCAGCAAGCAGCUGCACUCACUUGUUUCCUUGUUGCCCAUGCCUGUAUUAGCACUUCAGCGGCACAGCUGAGGAAUUGCAGCAGAUCCCUAAUGGCCUAUAAAACGUAUUUACUAUCUGGCCCUUACAGAAAGGCAUGUAGACCCCUGCUUUAAAGCUAGAAGCUAAAUGAACAUUUAUCUUCAAAGAAUUUAAAUUCUGUUGCAACCCUGAUCAUUCGUACCAAACACAAUGGUACACAGGACAAAUCUUUUUUAUUUUAUUUAAUUAAUUUUUUUUUUUAAGAAUUUAAUCUAAGAGUGUUUGUCAGUUCCUGCAUAGUCCACAAUUUCUUGAGCUCUUUGGCAAAUCAGAAAGCUCAGGGACCCCUGGAUAGUCAGUCAGUAGAGGGUCUACAUUUCCCCAGCCCCUACCUCAAGUGAUUGGAAGUGAAGCCUGUGGUAUCUGCAAGUGUAUCUUGUAAUAAUCCUUCAUAAUCUCAUAGAUUAGUAGGCAGUCCUCACAUAGAGACUCUUACAUUCAUAAACCCCAAGGAGGCUAGACUACUUAGUGGAUUGUCAAGAAGAAAAGCAUUGCUAUAUCUAUUUUUAGAGACACUAAUGGUUUGGUUGCAGUUUGGCUCAAGUGUAACCACAUCCCCUCCCUCCAGCGACUAGCUAUCUGUUUCCCCUAAAUGCAUAGAAAUAAGUAUGUAGCACUGCUACUAUAUGUUGGCUUUUUCAAGUUAUGCUAUUUCCUCUCUUCAUGGGCAAAUCACAAUAGGUUAGUAAUCCCAAAUGAGAUUUCGUGUUUCUCUUAAGUAGAAAUUAGUGCCUUUUUUUUUUUGCUACCAAGUUUAGCAAUACUUAGUGUAUCCCUUUGUCCCUUACAUUACUGUAAAUUCAACACGGUAGGUUUUGUGGUAUUUUACUUCUUGGGUGAAAUCACUAUUUUCACUUUGACCAAUGCUGUUUUGUUCAUGAAAUAAAAUUGUGUCUAUGUAUUUGAA